UUGGGUGAGCGUGCCUCCUGCACCUGCAGACCUCGCCAGAAAGACGCCAUCCUCCACUGCCAUGGUGCCUGGGACAGGAGGAGACUGGCAUUGCCUGGUGCUGACCACAGCAGUUGCCCUGACCCAGCUCAUGUGGCUCCCUGGUUGCUGCGGAUCCUACAUUGUUGGAGGCCAUGAGGUGAUGCCACAUUCCAGGCCCUACAUGGCUUCUGUGAGCUUCGAAGGCCGUCAUCAUUGUGGAGGCUUCCUGUUCCAUGUCCAUUGGGUGGUGUCAGCUGCCCAUUGCUUCAGUGACAGGGACCCCUCCACUGGGCUGGUGGUGCUGGGGGCCCACACACUGCUCACCCCGGAGCCCACACAGCAAGUCUUUAGCAUUGCAGCUGCUGUCAGCCAUCCUGAUUUCCAGCCUGCCACACAGGCCAACGAUAUCUGCCUGCUAAGGUUGAAUGGCUCUGCUGUCCUGGGGUCCGCUGUGAGGCUAUUAAGAUUGCCUCGGAGAGGUGCUAAGCCACCCGCGGUGGGCACGCGAUGCCGCGUAUCCGGCUGGGGCUUCGUGUCUGACUUUGAGGAGCCUCCGCCUGGGCUGAUGGAAGUCGAGGUGCACAUACUGGAGCUAAGUGUCUGCAACAGCUCCUGGCAGGGCCAGCUGAGUCCUGCCAUGCUCUGCACCCACAGUGGGGACCGCCGGCGGCGAGGUUUCUGCUCGGCAGACUCUGGGGGACCCUUGGUCUGUGGAAGACAGGCCCAUGGCCUUGUGUCUUUCUCAGGCCUCUGGUGUGGUGACCCUAAAACCCCGGAUGUCUACACUCAAGUAUCAGCGUUUGUGGCCUGGAUCUGGGAUGUGGUUCGGGCAAGUUCAUCCCCUGGUUCUACGGGAUGCUCUGGGAGGGCUGUUUGAAUUUCAGCCCUCUAUUGGGGCAGAGAUAAAGGGCAACCUGUGCCCAUUGGCUCACAUCUGUAAUAUUCCAUGGCUUGGCCCUAAACCCUGAGAACUUGGGGCUACAGGCAUUCAUCCUAAAUGAACAGCUGUACUGAGGGUUGACUAGAUACAUGGCUUAUGGCUUGAUAUGCGAUCAACUCCAGGAGCCCCCCCUUAAUCCACAGAGUCACCCUUGUAAUCAAGACCCACUAUGUGCCCCCUCCUGAAGUCCUCACUUCUACACUGUAGUCCCCAUUCUGGGUGGCUCCUGGGCCUUUGUACCCGCUCUAUCUCGUAUGGAUCAUGACUAACUCUACUAACACAGACUGGGACUGAUACAUGUAGUGAGGACAAAAAUCCAAAAAGUUCUAACUCCA